AACUUUAUUCUUAAAUGGCCUUUCUCGGGAGAACUGAUGAGCCCGGGAGGCUUGGGUUAAUGCAGCUUCUGGGAUCUGAACUGUACUAAAUAUUGCCAGCUCAUGCGUGCUCAGCUCCCUCAGCAAAUCUGUGCCCCUCUCUAUUGAAGAAAAGUUUGCUUGGUUUAUUUUUAACCGUUUAUAUUGCCUGCUAAGAAAACAUUUCUGAGGUUCAAGCACAUUAACACAAAUACUGAUACGUACUGGUGUAAGCCCUGCCAGGAGCCACAGCCAUGACAGCAGGCUGCCUGGCCAGCUGGAGAGCUGGGACCCCACGGAGCAUCCGGGCCUGUGGGACAGGAGUUGCAAAAUCCCAGGAAAACUGACACAGUGGCAGGCUCCAGUGCGACAGCUGAGAUGUGCUGUAAGCCAGGGAAGUGAAAGGUACUGAGGGCAGGCAGUCUAGGACCGAGACAAGAAAACAAGGUGAGGGUGCUGAGUGAGGACAGAAGCAAAAAGACCAAAGUUCCUGUCACCAGCAUCCACUGACACUUAACCUGCCCUAUUUUUUUACAGUACACUUUUGCUGAGCUGGUCAUCUCAACCUAUUCCUUUCCAUUCUGUUUCUCUCCUUACAGCCUUGCCAUGUGUAAAAGUCACAAGCCAAGCCAUAGAAAUUCAGGGUGCCAGGAGUCCUUACGAAGUACUUGCAGAGUUCUUUCUCGUGGCUUUCUGAUGUCUGGGCCUGUUGACUUCCACUGUAGUUCUGAGGACAAGAAAAAAACCCAAAACCUGAUUCUCAGGCUGGUCUUACCACCUUUUACAAGGACAGAGGAAAAAUGCUCCCAUGAGCAAGAGCAUAUCAACUCCAACACGAUGUGAUCCCAAGAGCUAAGGAGCAGGGAAUCACAGAGGAGCUGAGAAUGAAGAGAAUUCAGAAAACAGUGAAAUGGUUGUCAGAACAUGAGGACUGCCGGAAGGCCAGAGAUUAAAGGAACACAGUAUGGAGCAGACGGGAAGACUGCAAGCAGAUGACUGAUGAGAGUAAAAACAACUGAGGCAAAGUUACCAUGAAGUGAUCGAACAAGGCACUAGGACCUAGGAGGAGUCUCAUCCACCCUGGCAGGAAUUUCUUGCUUGGAGCUCAGACAACAAAGGCAGAGGGAGCUUGGUUUUCUUUCUCUCAGCAUCUCCACCCUGCGCGCUGCAAACCGCUUCAGAUCUUUCGGGCUCACCAAACUAUGGAACUUGAUUUUGGACACUUUGACGAAAGAGACAAGGCGUCCAGAAACAUGCGAGGCUCCCGCAUGAACGGCUUGCCCAGCCCCACGCACAGCGCCCACUGCAGCUUCUACCGGACCCGCACCUUGCAGGCGCUGAGCAACGAGAAGAAAGCCAAGAAGGUGCGCUUCUAUCGCAACGGCGACCGCUACUUCAAGGGGAUUGUAUACGCCGUGUCCUCCGACCGCUUCCGGAGUUUCGACGCUCUCCUGGCUGACCUGACCCGCUCCCUGUCCGACAACAUUAACCUGCCGCAGGGAGUGCGGUACAUCUACACCAUCGACGGCUCGCGCAAGAUCGGCAGCAUGGACGAGCUGGAGGAAGGGGAGAGUUACGUCUGCUCAUCUGACAACUUCUUCAAGAAGGUGGAAUACACCAAGAAUGUCAACCCCAACUGGUCCGUCAAUGUGAAGACAUCCGCCAACCAGAAAGCACCUCAGUCUCUGGCCAGCAGCAACAGCGCCCAGGCAAAGGAGAACAAAGAUUUUGUGCGUCCCAAGCUGGUAACCAUCAUCCGUAGCGGGGUGAAGCCCCGAAAGGCAGUCCGCGUGCUCUUGAACAAGAAAACUGCCCAUUCAUUUGAGCAAGUUCUCACCGACAUCACUGAAGCUAUAAAGCUGGAGACAGGAGUGGUCAAAAAGCUGUAUACUCUGGAUGGGAAGCAGGUGACCUGUCUCCAUGAUUUCUUUGGGGAUGAUGAUGUGUUUAUCGCCUGUGGUCCAGAAAAAUUCCGCUAUGCACAGGAUGACUUUUCUCUGGAUGAAAGCGAGUGCCGGGUGAUGAAAGGGAGCCCUGCGGCUGCCACGGGCAGCAAGUCAUCUCCCACCCCUCAGAAGAGCUCAGCAAAGAGUCCAGCCCCCAUGCGCCGGAGCAAGUCUCCAGCCGAUUCAGGUAACCAUCAAGACGCAAAUGGGACCUCAAGCAGUCAGCUGUCUACACCCAAAUCCAAGCAGUCUCCGAUCUCCACACCCACCAGCCCAGGGAGCCUCCGUAAGCACAAGGACUUGUAUCUGCCUCUGUCUUUGGAUGACUCUGAUUCCCUGGGAGACUCCAUGUAAAGCAACACGAAGCUAAUUGUCCAUAUUGCAAGCUACGGUUAAGAUACAGUAGAGUACUUCUGCCAAAAGAAGCAGAUAGGUGACUGGUGCUUUCAGAUCAGACAAAGGACACACGGUUAUAUGUCAUUUUUUUUCUGUGAUUUAUCCUCCGUGCCACAAAUCAACACCUAUCAAUCUAUAGAGAUAGAGGGAUACCAUUCUUCUAAGUAAAGUUAUAGGGAUGCAAAAUGGACAUUGCCAGCAAUUUUAGGCCAGUGUGCCAAUGAUCCUGUGCAUUUCUCAUUUUCUUCUAUUAUUUCUUCCUCUGCUGCAACUACAUGAUUUUCCUAGUGAUAGUAAAGUAGCUCCCCGUGAAAGAGUGCAAAUCAAUCUCGUGCUGACCAAUUUGCAGACUCAAGUAGAGCAAAUGAUAUUCUUCACCUGUUCAAACUGCCAGUGUUUGCUAGCAGACCUGCUUCUCAUUUUCACCCCGAUUGUAGCACCUGCAUGCCAACUACUACUGCUUUUGUUGCUGGAGGGUGAGGAGGGAAAUGACUUAUUAGUUUGAUGCUUACUAUGCCAGCAGAAGUUUGGAAAAGAUUGGGAAUGGUUGCAUAAGAUGCUAAGUAAAGUGAGUACAAUAGUGAUUCUUCAGAUACUCAAAUAUUGGAAUAUUUUACAGUGAUUAAGCAAAAAAAAAAAAAAAAAAAAAGUAAGUCAGCUGAGUUGUCUAGAGUGCAACAGCUUUCACAUAUGAUCCAAAGAUACUGCUGGCUGAUAACAAAUUUUUUUUACCUACUCUAUGGUAUCUCUCUAUCUCUGCUUAACAAUAGUAAUGCCUUGUAAACAGCCAACACUGAAAACACUGUGAAAAUUUGUUUUCAGGUCUAACACCCUACAGGUCGCUUUUUAUAGCAAAAAAAUCAAUACACUUUUUAUAAAGGAAAACCUUGUAUCUGUGUUUUGAGAGUAAGGAUUCAAGCUCCUUCUUUUUUAUAAAAGCUGGUAAUUUUCUUUUGUUUAAAAAACACAUUCAGAAAAAUGUACAAAAAAAAAAGCCAACCAACAACUGCAGAACAGUAACAGCAACUUAAUUUAGAUAUCUUGUCAUCACUGCCAAAACAGACACUUGUAGGGAAAAAAAGAGAAUCAAUUCAAAAUUUUGAAUGUUUUGAUAGUUUUUGUAAUGUUUAAGACUGCAUAUUUGGUUUUUUACACUUCAGUAUUCCUAACUUUGGCCAGAUUCUCUACUUAUAUAACAAAUGGAACUUUGUGGUGUUCAAAAAACCAUAUUUUAAGAAACUCUUCUAUCAGACAAAAACAAACAAUGUAUUUAGAGAAAUCUUUUGCUUUUAUUAAUCUAUAAUGACUCCUACGGAAUGCAAAGUUCAUCUAUUUAUGCAGGGCUGGUGGUUUUUACUACGCCGAAGCUUUGUCAUAGGCUAGCUGGCAUUGCCUCUAUUUCUCAUGGAAUACGCUUUCGAUGAAACUGAGUAUUACAGAACUUUACCUAAAUGAAAUCCGUGCAAUCAAACCUUUCUUUGUUGCUCUAUUUGCCUUUGUUUCAGCAUAUAUACCUAUUCCUUAUUCCUUUGCAACGCCCUCUGAUUAGAAGGAAUUAUAAUGUUGUGAUGUUUGAUGGUAUGUGAAUGCUGGGUUGUUCCCGAAGCCACUCCACAUUUUGUUUGCUUGCAUCACUGGUAUGAAACAACCUGUGCAGGUUGUGUCUUCAGAGGUUCACGUGAUGAUACAUACAGUGCAACUUAAAAGAGCUGCAUCUGAGAGACAGGACUGGGAACUGCUGAGGGGUCAGAGCUGUUGUGCACCAAAUUUGCACCCUGCAGUCUUAGUGCUUGAUCAUUUAUACCCAGAGCUUUGCACAAGAAAUCAUUUGUGCUCACAACUUUGAGUAACUCUCUGACUACGUAACUGCUAAAUAUUUGACGUAUUGUAAAUAGACACCCAGCUUCAGUUCAAAAGACUAAGGGCUCAUAUUGAAGCUUUGUGGGGGAAAGUACGCUAGAUUUGGUGUCUGAACUCGAGCAGGUCUCUUGAUAACCCUGUGCCUCAAUAUGUCUAUCUGUACUAUGGGGAUAAUACUGCUCUACCUCACUGGGGGUUGUGAGGCCAAAUGUUUGUUAACAUUUGUAAAGUGCUUUCAGAUCCUGUAACAGAAGAUGCUGAACUAUCCUGGGUGCAGAUUUGGUUAUGGGUGCUAAUUUGGGGCUGUUUAAUCCUGUGGGUGCUACUGUAGAGAGAGUAAGGAUGUCAAAGGCCAUUAACCAAUUAUGCCAACAAUAUUAUUCAUUAGAGCUUUUGUCUCAGUAAAACUUUACAGGGACAGAUAAUUUGAAAUGCCUUUACUCUCUCCUCUGUUGUGUUGCUGGAAAUCUGAGUCCCUCCCCAAGUUUAAAGGUAAAGCAGGAUGGCAGAGGGUAAAUGCGCCUGUGGAUGUGCUAUGGAUAGUUGUUACCGUUGUUGAGAGAUGGCUACUUUCCUUCCUGCCAGGAAUAGUGUUUGGUUAUUUGAAGAUGCUCUUCCUGGUGGAGUGUGCUAACGAAUCACUGAGGGGAUCUUCCCAAGCUGCAUCUAAUACCAGAUCCUGCAAAUGCUCCCUUGGGAGCAGAGUUUUGUUUGCCCAGGAUCACCCUGCGGUGGUGCUGAGCCCAGCAAUGCUUUUGGGGUGUUAGCAAGGGAACUUGAAGGGGCCUAAAAGAAGAAAAACAGUUCUUCAUCGGGGAAAAACAGCCAUUCAAGCCAGCAAAAGCCACAAAGAAAACAGGGUAUGAGGUCAAACUCCCAAGUUUUAAAAAGCAAUUUUCUGGGUAGAAAUGCCUGGGCAGUAGGUAGAAGUCAGUGAGCAUUUCAGCUGUAACAUAUAGGUAAGUCUUUAUUAAUGCUGAUAUUGCAUGAGUUUGUGUACAGAAAUGCAUGUGGAAUGUAGCGUACAUUCAGCAGCAGGUAUCUUUGGCUUUGUAGGAUCAUAGAUUUGAAUACAAAGAGAAAUAAUGCACAGGCAUCAUACCUUAGUCAUUUAAAUAUAGGGACAGCCUUGAUUCAGGAAAGAACUUAAGCACAUGCUUAACUUGUAGCAUGUGCUUUACUCCUGCUGAUUUUUCAUGAGAUGUAGGCUUGGGCUUGGUCAGAAUGGUUUCCUGAAAUGGAAUGAAUUAGGAAUUGCUUUUGAUAUACUAUAAUAAUUCCAGACCCUAUGAGUUCCUGGAGCAGACGAUAGUAAUUCCACUAUAUACUCCAGAGUUUACUUUUUAUAUUUUUUUCUACUUUUAUAAGCACAUAAAACUCCACAGGAUAUGAGGAUUUGCCAUAUUAAUUCUGCUAUAAAAGCCCUGUCUGAUUUCCCUCAUGAGGCUGCCUUUAGUGUUUUCAGAGACUAAUUGAAUCACUAAGACUAUACUGCUUUAAAGCAAUGCAGUAUUUAAAAACAAAUUGGAGAGGCUCUUAAACUAGUAGAGCUUUAUUUCUUAGAACUCUGCCUUUAUUUAUUCAGUACCCCAUAUAUUUUAGUGAAUUUGCAUAUAAAACAGUUAAAAUACCUAUUUCAGAUACAUAACUGUUAAGGAGGAAUUAGAACAACCCUCAAAGCAUAGAGAGACUUAUGUAUUUAGUAUUCAUAUUCAUACCUUGCAGUGAUAGUCGUGACUGCAGAAGAUCAGGGCCAUGCAGCAAAAUUCUUGAGCUUGGCAUUUUUGUCACUUUUUAAAGCAUUUAUAUGCUGAAAUUUCUGGGUUAAAGCCUCAUCUAGUAUAAAUUACGGAGCUACUUCAAGUCCACCAGCUUAGUAGCUAACCAAGUCUCUGCGUCUUGAAAUAAUUUUGAAAGAAUCUGGUAACUGGAUUUUAACUUGGUCCACUCUGUGGUGGGAGAUGGAGAUAGCUUUGCCUACUGUUGUCUGUGUUUCCUAUAUCUGCACAUCAUUCAUGGUCUUCUCAGGAGCUGGCAGCACUGUUAUUUCCAUAGACACCAGAAAGCAACUACCACAUAGCUCUUUCACAUUUAGUUCACACGUAUAUGUGCAUGCAAACGAUCACACCCUGAAUCUAGCUGUUAUUUCUCUCUCAUUUCCUUGAAGAAUGCUUUUGAAGGGAAAAAAGGGAGGUAGGACCAAAAUAAUCAUGGCAAACAGCAAAACAGUGUUAUACCCAUGGGUUUUUAACAGGAGGCAAUGGUGUAAGUGUUAGUUUCCUUUUAUCCAUAUAAUACUAAUGACAUUUUCUAGGAUGUCUUGUGUUUGCUUUUUCAUGCCUUUCCUGCUCAGUGCUGGUCUUACUGCUAAAGCACAGCAUACCUCCCAAAAUUGUUCUGUAAGACCAUGCUGUAUCCCUAAUUAGAUGUUGUUCCAGUGACAGCCAUCCCUGGAAGCUGCAUGCUGUCUGCGGGGGCACAGCAUGGACCUUAUAGUAUGAGCCUUCUGUAUUGCAGUAAGAGCACAGUGAGGAUUUUGCCAUUGACGUCAGUGGUACCCCACAUCCACUCGGGUCAGUUGGAGAGCUGUUUCUGACUACAGUAGCGCCAGAAUCAUUUUUAGAGAAUGAGAGAAAAAAUAGGCAAGUAAAGUAGAGAUAAAAGUAGUCCAGAAAGUGUAUCCUCAAGCUAGGACAAUCCCCAACUAAAGAAAAGCAAUAUAGAGCUGCAUCUCAUUUAGUCUUACCACACACAAAGUGCUGAUCAUGACCAAGAGGGAACAAAACAGUUUCUUUUCUCUGGUGGUGAUUUACUUAGGCUCAAAGUUAUUCUUCUAGUUGCUGAUGGAAGCAGGCUGGAACAGGCAUUGGGACUGGUGAGGUUGUUUGUAGAAGAAGGUAGAUGACAUGGGAUGUAGAUCUUUUCCUCUCUAGGUAAAGAGCGAGGUCAGUCCAUGCAACAGGCUUAGUACUUUAUACCUGACUUUAUAUGUGAUAACCUAGAAGGGAUCCAGCUGAAACACCACCUUGGUGUAAUGAGACCAAGUAGGUUAACUCUUUAAGUGCCUUCCAACAUACUUUGGGCUUCAGAAGUGAGACUAUACAAGUGCCCAACAAGGCUUAGGUAAAAGUGGCCUUGACAAAAGUGGACAGGAGAGACUGCUUGAUUCUUGAGCCUCUUGAGAUGAUUAGCUCAUCUCACAUUUAUAGAACCAGCUCUUGAAAAUGACUGUAUUUGAUGUGGUAAUGACCACAGCUUCCUUCUGGCUGAUACCUCUGUCCCGUCUGUAUGAACCUCAGCAGGCCUCUCCAUGGUAUCUCAGGAAAUGUUAAAUCUGAGUCUUGCGUCUCACAGUGCAGCCAGUCCAUGUUGACUGGUGGGGCUGGGCUGGGUUCUGCUGCAUUGGUUAUUGAUCCUGUUGUUCAGGUAGUCUUAACUGUCCUUUUUCUCCUGGCUUGAGAUCUGCUAUCUCAGCUUCCAGGUACCUCCAGCUGAAAGGCUGGGGCCAGCCUGAAUAGACCCUGGGGGAAUUUUUUCCCCUCUGUAAAAGAUCUAGUUAUUUGAUGCCUGACUGCAGGUCUGGGGCCAAGCUGACAAAAUGCCAUGCGUUAAUAGGGAGAUGGAAGAUGUUCAGAUUAUGAGUGGGUUGACAGAAAGUUUUUUUUCAGCAAUUAUAUUGUAUAGCUACUCUGGUAGAUUCCAAGGUGUAGGGCAAGGCAAGAGUACUGCUUCUGCAGGUGAAGUUGUAGAGCAUUGGGGUCAUAGACCAUUUUCCAUCCUUUGGGACACUGUUUAGAGAAGGUUAAAAACACUGACACCAAUUUUCAGCCAAUAGAUAAGCUUAUGGCAAAUGAGAAUCAAACCUAGUGGAUGCAGCAGUAGGACUUUGGAGUCACUGGUUCUUUGGCAUGAUGCAUGACCGUGGGCAGGUCAGUUCUCCUUGUGCCGUGCAUCCCCUGUUGCUCCUCUUCUUAUUAUGUGUAUAUGUACAUAAUCUGAGGGGAAUUUGAGUUGCCGUCCAAAACGUGGGCCAUGUUUUUGUAAAUGGUGAAUAAGUCUAAUGACUUCAACAGCCUUCUACCAAGAAGACAGUGGGCUUGUUGUUGAAAGCUUCCUUGUCUGGAAAGUGUUCACGGCCAGAUCCCUUCAUGGGAAAGAGUUGCCUUUCAGUCUUCAUUGCUUAAUGCAUUGAGUUAAAUUAACCUAUUCUGGCUCUUGCUCUGUAGCUUGGUGAACUGUAGCUCAGGACACUCAAGCCAGUUUUCAAGCUUCCCUAGGUUUGACAGUUUGCCACUAAAACAAUUGAAGCAGGAGGAUUCCCAAAGGGAAUUAACAAAUCUUUGCAGCAAUUAGAGUCUGUCAGCUGAAAAAAAGAAAGUUGGCAUCAUUAGAGAAGGAUGCUGUGAUGGCCAGUGUCGUGGGAAACAAAGAGAAGAGACCUGUUUCCAAGUGCAGAGGAAGGGGCAUUUGUUAGGAGAUGUUUACUGAGUGGUGAAAUAAGCUUGAACUUCCCAGAAAAUCAGAUGGAAGGGAGAGCAUGAGGCAGAGCACUGGAAACAUCAACGCCAUUGACGUGCGGGAAUAAUAAAAGAAGAGAGCCAAGAAACUCCUGGGAGAAACAAAGGGGGAGGCUGGGGCUGGCUGAGGCCCUACAGCUUGGUGCUAGAUGGAAAAGCAGCAGGGGACCCUGGCUGCCUGUCGAGAGAGUUAUUGUCCCUGCAGGUAUCCAAGCCGGGAUGCAGGCUAUCUGCCACAGCAGUCUGUGUCCCACUCCCAAUUGCAGAAAUAAGGUCACACUUGGCUGCAGGCAGGAGAACUCGGUUUGAAAUUCCUCCCCUGCCCCCUGUUUCCUCUGCUGCUGGCGUGUGGAUGUCUGUGUCAUCCCUGAAAGGGGGAAAGGAAGGUCCAGCCCUUUGCUGAAUGACAGCACCAGGCUGCGCUUUGCUUUGCCUUUAUUUUUAUCCCUCCCUAUUAGAUCAGAAAUAGAAAUUCAUGAGCGCGGCCUGGCUUGGAGGACAGGCCUGGCACACUGGGAAACUGCAAGAUGUGUAUGACAGAAUAAUGCGGGCACCUCUGGACCUCCAGUCCUUCCCCAUGGAGGCCAGCGGACUCUGGAAAAAGGAGCAACCCACUUUCACCAGGGUGAAGCCAAGGUGGGCUCCUGGGAGGGGGUGACCUUGUAAUGCUGCACUCACAGGGUGGCUGGUGAGGAUCUUGCAUGUGAAAUCCUGAGCCACAGGUAUUAGAGCUGUUUCAUUCAAUAAAUCCAUAGGAAGGCCAUGCUGAACAAGGCAAUCUAUGCUUAAUGCUGGCUUGUCUCGUGAAAUCAUUCUUUUAACUUCAGUGGAGUUACAGUGCUUGGGAAUUUACUCCUAAAAGGCAGGACAAGUGACUUAUGUGAACACAUGUUUUGCUGUUUACUCUUGGAUUUUUUUGAAUAAUGAUUGCAGGUCUUUCUUGGGUCUGUAGAUUCUCUUAUGCUCAAUAUAACACAAGUGAAACCCAAUACACCUAAUUCUCUGCUGCUUAAAACAGGCAGAAACUCCUCUGUAAUUAAGGGAGCUGAAUCCAUUUGGUCCAAGGUUGUUCUCCUAUUUCAAAGCUUGAUUGCUGUCAAUAAUUCUGCGUGAUUGAUUAGCUAAGUGUGGAAUCGGUUUCCUGGGUGACAGCUGCAGAUUUUGCAGAGAAAACCUCAUUGACGCCAGCUAGAACGUAUAUACCUGCAAUAGAAAGUUAUAUUCGGGAGAUGUUUUAUAUCAUUUUAUUGUAGUUAAUGAUGACAUUGAAAUGGUUUCAUUUGUUGAAAUAUCAUCCUAUAACUUGUAGGGCUGAAAAUCAAACAAGGAACCUUAGCAAAUCAGGCUCUCUGCAUUUGCUGGCUCUGAAGAGUGUUGGCUUUACUGUCACCUCAAGCUACCAAGAGACCUGCCCUGAGCCCAGCAUGUUUAUGGAACUAGACACAGCAUUUCUGUUUCUUUCAUUAUUUUUCUAUGCUAGCCCCGGCUAGUACCAAGCAGAAUAGAGAUUUAUGUUCAGCUUGGUUUUAGAGAAAACCAUUACCAAAUGUCUUUGAACAUAAAAAGGAAAGUUCAGUUGGUUUAAGUCAUUCAGCUAAACUCAAGGCUGCUUUUGAUUUUAUCCAAGCUGGUUCUUCCAUCUUUAUUUGCAGCUAAAACACGCCUCAGUUUUAUAUAUAGGAAAUCAAGAUUAAUUCGAGUCACAUUUGAAUAGUGGAGUUGUUGCAGAGCCGUUCAGUCACUGGGCACAUGCAGUCAGAAAGAAAUACACUGGCGGCACUUGGCCAAGAUGGACCUGAAGCAAACCCCGGUUCUGAAUGCCCCCAGGUUUCUGUGACGCCCACAUGCAGAGUCGAACUUAGGAAAUGUCUGUAAUGGAACAAAUGGACCCCAGACUGGGGUCUAGGCCCAGAACUAGACUUCUGGAACUGAAUUUAGCAUUUACUUUUUUUUUCUUUUUGGCUGCUUUUCUCUGUCUGCUUCUAACCAUAGCACAACAGGUAUGGAUAGGUCUUUGUAUCACUCCCUUUGCAGGUGGCAGGUGAAACGUAGUGCUGCUCUGUCUCCCUGUCAUGCUGACCACGCAGGAAAGUCACGGAGUGGUGCAGAACAGCACGCCACUCCCCCCCUCACCUCUCCCCCUUUUUUUUAACAUAAUGGAAGAGCUUUUUCCAGAUUUAGUGUGAUGUCUAAUGAUGUGUCUCCUUAAAAAGAAGAAUGUCUAGGGAAUGAAUUGCACUGUUAAUUGGUGUUUAUAGAUAAGGUGAAGCAGAAGUAUUGAAUGUAAGAACAAGAAAGCCUGUGAGUUAUAAGUACAUGCCGAAUUCUGACAUGUAAAGUUAUUAAGUUUGCUUCUUAUUUAAAUGAUGUGCGAUCCAAGCGGCUUUACCACUAUGGCAGUACUAGUAUAGCUACCAUUGUCAAUAUAGAAGACACCUAGGGUCUUUCAGAAAGAGGAAACCUGUCUAGCCAAAUCUCCUUUGAUUCUCUGAAAUUGUGACACAUUUCCCUCCUUGAUCUUGUGUAUCUUAGGACACUGUCUAGUCUCGAAGCACAGGAAAGGAGUACCAGCUUGCUGACUUUGCUGUUACUAGCCUUUGCCUAUUUUCUUAGUCACAGACAUAAUCACAAGGUAGAGAAAGCGGCUCUCGCCGAGCUGAGCCCGAGCUGUUCGCACCACUGUUUCCUGAAGGACGUGAGCUGCCUUCGCUUGGCACCUGGAGCUGACGGCUCUCCGUCAUCUGCAAGUCCACGGAGAAGGCAGUCGUGGUAAGGGAGGGAGAUACACAGCUGAACUGGAGCUUGAUCAUGGAUUACUGUCUUAGAUCAUUAAUUGAUUUUGUAUGAUUUUGUCAUUAAUAGCAAAGCUGCAAUAUAAUAUAACUGAGAGGCCACAGUGUAUUUUCUAUUGUCGUUCAGUGGGGGGGGUUGGUGGGGCAGCUGGGUUUAAAGUUUAGCUGGUAUACUUUAAACUCUGUGUACAUAACCUUGGAGGACACAUGGGUGGUAUGGGUUGAACUGUUAUUUUUUUGGACUGGUAAAUUUCAUUUGUUUUUUUUUUUUAAUAAUAAGGUAUUUAAUUAAUGACAUGUUGUACAAAGAGUAUUAAUUUAAACGAAGCUUUUGUUCUCCUAAAACAGAUCUAUCUAACCUUUCUCUUUGGCAAGCCUGCAGCAAUGCUAUACGUAGCAUUAUGUUGUCUUUCGUACUUCGGGGGAGUGCAGGGAAGGGGAGGGGGAAUUCUUUUCUCUUCAGACAAAUAACGUUGCCCAUAGUUAACUUUCUGCUUGGAGAUAGACCUUGAAGUCCCUUUAAACUGAAUUUUAAUGUGAAGUUCUUUUAAAGGGGUAGAACAAGCAGAGGUUAUGCCAAAAGAUCUCAACUGUAUCAUCUUGUAAUAUAUUGCAGCUUUAUGCCAAUGAUUCCUCGCUUACGUGUACACAGUCCAUGCAUGUUUUGAACUAAUUUUGCAUUCUCCAUUUGUGGUGAGUUAUUUAGCAUUUUAACCACCUUUUGUGCCAUUCAACUUGUACAGAAAACAUUUUUAUUGACGUUUUAAAGAGAAGGGGAAGAAAAGAAAAACCUCUUCUGCUCCCUAGUUGUAGGUAGAACUCGAUUACUUAGCAAACAGAUGUAGAUGAGUGGUUGUAGUGUUAGAAAUGUUAGCUUGCUCGUGAACAAGCUUUUGAGAGUAAAUGCAUGGUCCUGUACCUUUUUUCUUAAUUAGCUCUUCCUUUCCUUCUGGAAAGAUUCUCUCUCUCCCUCUCUCUCUAUUAUUCUGUCUUUGUCUCUCUCGUGGUUGUAAAGUACAGAUUUGGGCAUAAAUAAAAUGGUAUACAAUGAGGUUUGAAAAGCAGUUCUCAACGGGUUCUCUUGGGGAACUUCUCACAGCGCCUUGCCUUGGCACUUUGAUCAGACUCUACCUUUCAAGGUAAAACAGAUGGAGAUCAGUCAUCUGUUGCCUUUGCUUGAGCUGGGGAACAAUUUAAAUUUGUGGAAGUUUGUGUCAUUGGUAAAAUCUGUGAUCAUGCUGAUCUGGUGCAGCUGGGGCAUGUGGCGUGUGGUGUAUUGGCCAUGGCGUCCUACACCUGCUUGUUUAACAUGGGACUGAUCGCAAGGCCCUUGAUUUGCGGAGUUUGCACGCACUUUUUGAUUUUCCUGGAUACACAAUAGAAGGGGAUGGGGGAUGAUAUAUGGGAAUUAUGUUUUAUAGGUUCUGAAAACAAACCAUUUCUCCACAGUUCCGAGCUCCGUGUUCGGCAUGCAGGGCUUAUUGUUUGAUAGCUGUGGUUCUGCUGGCAACAGGGGACAGAAGACAGCCAAAGGCUUGCAAAAUAGUCACUUGCAAAGAUGGAUUUUGUAAGAAAUGGACUUAAAAAAAAAUACCCCACAAACCCACAAAAUCUACCUACAUCCACAUCUCUAUCCCCCAUGCCUCUUCUCCCUUAGUAGAAUUUCCUUUUGUUAGAUUUGACUUUCUAGAACAAAUUUCCAUUUUUGUGAGGUGUUGUGAACUGUUUUUACUACUUGUAACAACCAUCCCAGGUCUGAUUAUUCUUGUAAUGCAAUGCCAUGCAGCAGAGAUCCUGUCCACUUUAUAGCUUUGCUCUCAAUAUUUGUUACUCAUUGUUUUCUCAUCUAAAUGUACAUUUGCAAGAUGUGUGUAAUGUCAUUUUCAAAAAAUAAAAUUUGGUUUCAAUAUUUAGGCCGAUAAAA